GUCUCUUAUCAACUCUUCAAAUCUAUGUAUAAAGUCAAGCGAGUACUUGCCCAGGAUUGCGGCAUCUAAACUUCAAUUUAUCGCACGUCUACCCCAGACAUCUACCCCGCAAGAAUCAACUUCCUCCCCAUAGAACCAAGAUCGGUUCAUGGUCAGCACAACAUGGCAUCUCCUCAAUCAGACGUUGAGCUCCAAAGCUUGUCCAACCUCUCCACACAACUGCGCAGCGAAAAUGCGACCGCUUUACCUGCGCGCCAAUCAACCGACUCCCGCGCCAGGGAGAUUGAGCAGCCAUCUCUGCCGCCGACAGACACAGGAAUGGCCGCAUGGCUCUUCCUAGCCGGCUGCUCUCUAAUCCAGGUUCCUGUCUGGGGCUUCUCUCUCACAUUCGGCGUGUUUCAGGAAUACUAUUCAAAACACCCGCAGGAGAUCAACGGCGAUGCCUCUAACGUUGCCGUGAUUGGGACAACAACCACCGGCGUUAUGUACCUCUUGUCGCCAAUCACCUUCACGGUUCUGUCGCGAUGGCCACGUCUACGUCGCUGGGUUGGUCCCAUUGGGCUGGUCAUCAUAGCCGUGGGCUUCCUCAUCUCAUCCUUCGCAACCUCCGUCCCGCAGCUCAUCGCUACCCAAGGCGUCAUGUGCGCCCUGGGAGCUGGCAUGCUCUUCGCGCCCACCACGCUGUAUCUCGACGAAUGGUUCGUGCGCCGCAAGGGGCUCGCCUACGGCAUCAUGUGGGCAGGCAAAAGCAUCGCCGGGGUCGCCCUCCCCUUCAUCAUGAGCGCCAGUCUAGAACGCUACGGCUCACGAACCACACUCCGCGCAUGGACCGUAGCAAUUAUCCUCCUAACCGCGCCCCUCCUCUACUUCCUGCGCCCGCGCAUCCCCCUCUCCCGCACCCACACCGUGCGCCGCAUGUCCCUCGCCUUCCUGCGCCUGCCCUCCUUCUGGAUGCUGCAGACGGGCAACAUCCUGCAAUCCCUCGGCUACUUCCUCCCCACGACCUACCUGUCGCAGUACGCCGUCGACGAAGCCCACAGCACGACGGCCAUGGGCACGCUGCUGCUCGCGCUCUUCGGCGCCGCGUCCGUGCCCGGCGGCAUCGUCAUCGGCAUGCUGGGCGACCGCCUGCGCGUCGGCACCGUCGUGCUCGCCACCUCGCUCGGCAGCGCGGCCGCCGUGUUCCUGUUCUGGGGCUUCGCGAGCCAGGUGGCGCUGCUGGUCGUGUUUGCGCUUGUGUAUGGGUUUUUCGCGGGCGGCUUUAGCAGCACGUGGAGCGCCGUGUUGACCGAGUUGAAGGCGGAGAGCCCCGCGCUGGAUACGGGGCUGGUGUUUGGGUUGCUGGCGGGCGGCCGCGGGGUGGGGAAUGUGAUUAGUGGGCCGUUGAGUGUGGCGUUGUUGCGGGAGGAUGGGUGGAUGAGGGAUGGGAGGUGGGGGUAUGGGAGUGGCUAUGGGCCGAUGAUUUUGUUUACGGGGGCGACGGCGUUGUUGGGGGGGUGGGGAUGGUUGAGUCGGUGUUUGUAG